UUUAUAAUUAUACCUUCGUCGCAUGGCAACGCACGUUCAGACAUUCCAAAUAACAAAACUACAAGAGGACAACUUGACAUCGAAAUGGCGAUAUAUUUGCCUCCCAUCUCUCGAAAAAAGAAAGUCGAAAGAGCGGUAAUCAACAGCAAGGCAAAGCUGUUUAGUGCAGACAUUAGAGAUCCCACCACAUCUACCCAGUCAAUAUACCAGCAAGAUUUUCUCAAACACACAACACCACCUGCAGAGUUGCGCAUCACAUCACCAGGACGACGCAACAAACCGCAGCCAACUUCUGUGACUUUUAACUGGAAAAACUCCAGGUCCUUGUGCGAGCCUGUUUGCUGUGUGGCGACAGAGUCUGUCAGGACUAAACAGGCAGAGUGGUGGCCGAACAAAAUACCCAAAGAUGAAAAACCACAUCCCAGCUAUUCUUUGGACUCCACCUCUCGUUCAGACUAUAAACCUAUUGACAUUGCAGAAUAUGUAAAAAUGUGUCAGAAGCAGACAAAGCAAUUGAUAGAAACCAGAAAAGCACAAGCAACUGGCCGAGAAAAGAUCUCUUAUGAACAUAAGUACAACUCAAGGUUACCAAAGAACCAGCCUGAUCGAGGCAAAUUGCAUGGAAGUUUUAUUAAUGGUGAAAUUUUUACAUAAAAGUGCAGUUAUAUAGAUU